AUAGUGUUAAUUAAAUAAGUAUUAUAAAUAUUAUGAACUUCCUGAUAUUAAUUCUAAAAAUAUUAAUUGUAAUUCAAUUAUCUGAAGCCACAUUGUCACCGCCUACAAAUACCGGGAAUAAAAAGGAUAAAAAGGAUAAAGGGAAGGUAGAUAGUCAGAAAGGUCCUGUCAACAAAGACGUUUUUCAAAGGAAUUUAGUAAUUAAGGAUCCUAAGGUGAUUGAUAUUAUUAAGGAAUCUGGAACAUAUUAUUCAGACACUAAACGUAGAAGAUUUUCUGGUGAAAUUUUAGGAUAUAUUACUCCUUGGAACAGUAAUGGAUAUGAAUUAUCAAAAACUUUUCAUGGAAAAUUUACAAUGGUAUCACCAGUAUGGUUUUCCAUAUUACCAAGUAAUACUUCAACAUUUCCAUUACCAACACACGAUGUUCAAAAAAAAUGGUUAAAAGAUAUGAGAUCGAUGAACAGCGAAAGUCAUAAUGUAAAAAUUUUACCAAGGUUAUUGUUUAAACAUUGGUCAACAAAUGAUAUUGUUGAAUUAGAAAGUAAUACACUAAAGCAACAACAACUUAUUACGACAUUAACCGAUACAGCGAAGACAUUCCGUUUUGAUGGUUAUGUGUUAGAAAUAUGGGAUCAGUUUAUAUAUACGGGUAUCAAUGUACAGAUUUUAUUGUCUGUAGUUAAAGCUAUUUCUAAAAAAUUAAAAAACGGAAAUCUCGAUGUAAUAUUAGCAAUUCCACCAUCUAGAGGUUCAAAGGCACAAUUAUUUUCAAGAGAUCAUUUCAACGAAUUAUCACCCUAUAUUAAAUCUUUCUCAUUAAUGACAUAUGAUUAUUCGAGUGUUCAACGUCCCGGUCCUAAUAGUCCACUUUCUUGGGCAAGACAAUGCGUAGAAUUAUUAGUUCCAGAUCAAAAUGAUCCUAAACGAAAUCAAAUAUUAUUAGGGAUCAAUUUUUAUGGAUACAGUUAUACUCCGGAAGGUGGUGGGCCUAUUUUAGGUUCGCAAUAUUUAAAAAGUCUUGAAACAUUCAAAAGCAAGAUUCAAUGGGAUGAUAGAAGUAAAGAACAUUUCUUCGAAUCAAAAUCUUCCUUGGGUAGCGGAUAUGUUUUUUAUCCUACUUUAUAUUCUAUGGUAUUUCGAUUCGAUCUUGCUGCAGAAUUAGGUACAGGUAUUGCUAUUUGGGAACUUGGUCAAGGGUUGAAUUAUUUUUAUGACUUAUUAUAAAAACUUUUUCAAUGAAAUAUCAUAUUCUGCCAGUUGGAUUAUUCCAUCAAUCGAUCGAUAUACGUAUCUAAUUGCCUCUAAUUAAAUAAUCGAUAGUAAUUAUUAUAACAAGAU